AUAAAAACUUUGAUCCAAAAUGGCACCCCACGAGGAACUUGAUCAACGCGAACCACUUGUUGAAGGAGUACAGGCAGUUCGAAGAAGAUGCUAAUCGGCGUGCCGCUCAAAGAAUGUCUCAUCAGGGAGAAGAAGCUUCCGGCGUAGGUCAAGGGUCGCAAUCUCGAGAUGUCCCAACUCACAUAUCUCACACCGAAGAACCAUCCAAUCAGGGUUCUCAGUCACAAAGGUCAUCUUCCGUUGAUUCCUGUGAUGAUUCUAUGGAUGAUGCUUGGAGUCAGAGUUCAAGGUCUCGGAAGUCUUCACCAUCAAGUUCGAGUAGAAGGUCAAAGAAUAAUGCAAAAAAAAAAGGCGUAAAACGUGCAUCAGCUGCUUGCGACGAAAAUUCCAGGAAUGUUGUCGUUACGACAAACAUCGGGAAAAGAAAAAAAUAUCGAGGGAAAAUGCAACAAGUCGUGUUUCUUGAGAUGGGGAGCGAAGAAUCAGAUGCAAAGGUUGAUACAAAUAAUGAUAAAAAUAUAAAUCCGACUAAUUAUAAGGACAGUUGUAAAUCAUCUAACUUUAACGAGGAUAAGAAAUCGAACAAUGAUUCUUUUGACGAUAUCUCAAACAGUGAUUAUGACGCAUGGGAAUUACCAGGCGAUCUACCUAGUCCGUCCAGUCCGCCGAUGGAAGUAGAUCCUAAGAUGACAAAGAAAUCGUCGAGCACGAUUGUGGAGACUACGGAGGAGAGCGCGAAAAAUAUCAAAUCAGAGGACAAUUUAAUCUCCUCGGAAUCAUUUGAUGUGCCGAUGAGCACGUGUCCUUCAUCAAAUUUCAAUAAAAAGAAUGAACCGGAGGACAAUGAUCCUUGGACUGAGCAAAGUCCGAAAAAACAAAAAACUGAAAUAGAAACGCGAAAAAAAAUCGCAAAAAAAAGUUUCAAUCUAUCUCAUGAUUCAUUAGAACAAUCUGAACAACCAGAUCGUCUAAAAUCAAACAAUUCUAGUUUAUCAUCACUUGGUCACUCUGGACAACUUGACGAACAAACGGAGAUGGAAAUUUGCUCAAAACCGCGAGACACAAAUAAGCAUUUACAUGCCCCCCCGGAAUUGCAGGAUAAUAAGCAAUUAGAAAUCCAGAGGACUGAAAAAGAUUAUAUUCCGUUGAGUAAUUUGUUGGAAGAACAAUAUGAAUCAAAAAGUCAGAUCGAGAAAAAUUUAUCUGCUACUUCUCGAAAUUCUUUUGGACAAAAUGUACCAUGCACACAGGAGACAUCGAAACUGAUGCCCCAGUCUACGGCAGAUGUCAACAAUUCUUCGCAGUUCACUUUAGAUAUUCCAUUGAAACAAGAGGAAGAUCCUCCCAAGUUAAAGUUUUCAGUUAAGAAACAAUCAGGACCAUUUAGGUAUUCAUUUGACGUAUUAGGAAAUCAGAAGGAAGAUCUAAGGAGUCCAGAACAAAUUCCUCAGCAUGUAGAUACACUUGCACAUCUGACAGAUAGCAUUCCAGAUAAUAUACAGCAAAGUCAGCUCAGGAGAGGUUCACAAAAAGUGGAUGGCGCCUCAAUGCUGACAGAAAAUGCAUCUGGACAAAACAUGGAGUCAGUCAAGAAAGUAACUGAUGAGCACCCCUUACAAGUGGAACCUUCUGGACGAUAUCAUCAAUUCGUGGAGAUGAUAAGGAAUUUGACUCAAUUAUGGAUGAUCAACAUGCUGCCACAAGCCUAUGCUGAAAGGUUGGUUGAUGCAAAUGAUCCUGAAAAUUAUCCAAUGUUUACGAUGAAUGCAGUUGAGCACAAUUCUACGUCGAAGAAAAAUGUUGAAGAAGAAAAUACCUUGAUGAAGUGGAACGAGAUCGUUGGAGUCAUUUGGCUUAACAAAGUGGAGAAGCUGUGCUGGCUACGAGUGUGCAUCGAUGAUAUUUCGAAUUCGAGAUACACUCAACCAUCCGAUCAAGAUCUUCUGUCUGAUUUUAGAUUUCUAUCGAACGAGACAUAUCACGCCGUGCGACUAGCUAUCCUAUCGAAUAAUUACGGGGCAUUACCGGAUGUGUGUCGUAACGCGUCAAAUUUUGCAGUUUUCGGACCUAAAGACAAUUUCGAAGUAAAGGAGAUGAUCGACGCAUGUAAGGGUUUAAAGGUGAACUACGAUCCUAGUUUUAGCAGUGAUAGUAUUGAUCUGGUGCUGAACGAAGGCUAA